AUGCCGGCGGCGCAAGUCGAGGAGUGCGAACUCGACUUCGACACAGACGGCCGACGGCGAGUCGUCUUCAAGCGCAAGAUUCACUCCCUGGAGCAGGACCGCAAUUUGCUCCUGCAACUGAUGGAAACUAUCCGCAGCGACGAUAACCGGACAGCGCCCGGAGUCCUGAAUUUGAUUCGAAGCAAUGCGUCUUUCUAUUCCUGGUAUCCGGAAGGGUUCGCCAAUCCAGAUGAGCAGAGCUCUCGGGGCGAGCACUUUUUCAAAGAGGCGACACGUCUUUUGGCAGAAGAACAAGGCAGAUUGACUCUUACUACCCUUCAGGCAAGGGGAGACAUUUAUACCAGCGUUUGUGUCAUGGGCAAAGAUAGACUUGGUUGGCAGUAUCUGGUGGAAAUAGCAGACUGCGCCCGCCAAUUUAUCAACAAGCGAGAAAUAUUCCUCAAAGAAGCAAACGACGAAGUUGAAGAAGUGUCAAGAAGCAUCGAUACCACGCUCCAUGGGCUAUUCAGCUUGAAUCCAUUCGCGACCCUUAGUUUCCAGAAACCAACAAUUAUAAAACGACCGCAGCUCAAAUAUUCCCCGCAGGAUCAUCGUCCAUCGGAUGAUUGGACGCCGUAUCCCCGACAAGCCGACCCGCAGCCAGCCCACACGAACUGCGUCAAGAACGGACUCUUCGAUUUAAGCAACAUACUCUGGGAGGUGUCUGAGUAUCUCUUUGGAGAUGAAAAGCCUGCUACUCCCGACACGACAAAGAUUGACGCAUUCUACGAGCGUUUGCAGAAUUGGGCGAAAUGUCUCCCUAGUUGCAUUGACAAGGAAAGCAACGCAACACCCGGCGUUAUGGAUAUCCACAUGAGAUACCAUAACGCAAUAUUGAUAAUGUACGGAUUUAUUCUACCCGCCCUCGACGAAACACAAUCAACAGAAAAAGCCAGAAUCAACGCAAUCUGCACAUCAUCAGCCCGUGAAAUCGGCGACGGGCUCAACAAAUUCCGCUCCCUCUGGCCGGUAGAGUACAUGCCGAUGAAUCUGAUGCAGUACGCCACGAUGGCCCUAUUCGCGCUCCUCGGCAGUCUCGAACACGAGGAGGAAAGAAAAUCAUUUACGGAUAUCUUGAUCAGUCUGAGAGCUCUCGCACGUCGCUGGCAAUUAGCCAAGGGCAUGCUUCGACUCAUCCAACUGACAGCAAUGAAACAAGAAGCCAAACUUCCCGCCGAGGCCCAGAUUCUUCUCCGCGAUUUCGAAGAAGAGCUUUGGUCCGCGAGCGAUCGUCAACGGUUUAGCAGCCUUUAUCCGAAUUUCGCCGUCUCUACGGAGUUCAAGGAAGGGAUGGGCGCGGCGGCCGAUGAUGCGGAAUUAGACCGGCUCCUUGAUGAAUGGGAUAAUCUGACUCUAUCCAAGAAAGUACCGACUAUCAAGGAAGAAGAGGGGAAGAGUGAUGAACAAAGUAAAUAG